AUGUCGUCUCCGAACGCCGUCGCGUCCGCCGCCGCGCGUCACCGCGGCGCGGUGCUCAAGGCGUACCGCGACCUCGUCGACGUCGUCCGCCGCUCGAGCCCCGUCGCGGCGCGCGACGCCAUGCUGGAGGAGGCGCGAACCGAGAUCCGCGCGCACGCCGCCGAGACCGACGAGUCCAAGCGCUUGGACCUGCUGCGCAAGCUGGUGGCCAGGGUCGGGUACCUGCGCAUCGUCACGCCCAAGGGCGGGAGGCACAAGCGCGAGGGCGGCACGUUCGUGGUGAGGGAAGGGGAGCUCGUCGAGGACGGGGGCGAGAGCAAGGGGAAGAGGGUGGCUGACGGGAAGAUCAGCAUGCAGGAAGCGCACGAAUACCACAACAGGCUCAUGAAGCGGCAGUACUUCGGACGAAAGCCCCCGCCGCAGCCUCCGAUGCUGUAG